CACAUUCCCAUCAUACGUUGCCAGAUUCUCUCUGCUAGGGCAGCUGCCAAGGAUACUUGAAACUUACAGUCAAACUAUCACCACUAUGUGCAAAAAGGCUUCGUGCGACUCGUGCCACAAGACGACGUGGUGGGGCUGCGGAAACCACAUUGCUGGCGUCAUGGAGAGCGUCCCCUCAGACCAGUGGUGCACAUGCGGACCACGAAUCGAGAAAGAGGGACAUCAGUACCCGCCCAUGGGCACGCUGUCGUCGGCAUGACUCCCGGCGUGGUUGAGGGGGUCAAAGUCAUGAUGGCGGCAACAUGAUGUUGACUGCCAUGUCAUGAUAACUUGCCUCUGCUUCCAAGGGAGGGUUGGGCAUGGACAUGGUACAGCGGCGUAUAUGGGUGUAGAGAAGGCGUUCUGGCCAGUGGUGCGACGGCUUGUGAUUGAUGCGGGUCACGUGAUUUCCGACACGAGUUAGCGAUUUGCAAAUACUACAUGAUGAAUAUUGACAAGA